CAAAUGCGUCUCUUUCAUGAUCAAACACCUCCAGCUUAUACGGUUGGCACUUUGAGCUGAUUAAGCAUCGGAAUAGCGAAGCGCCAUUCUCUGGGAGCCAUGGAAUCCAAGGCCAGGAGUGAGGUUAAACCAUCGAGGCGCCUGCACGCCAUGUUCUCAUUCAGGACCUGUGGACAUUUACGAAGCCUCCGGGAAGACUGCAUCGAUUUAUGGACGAAUGAAUUGCGGCCGCUCAAAAGCGACCCCCUAAUCAACGCCUCCCAAUACUGGGCGUUUCAGCCUCGCGUAGCUGCCUAGACGCCCCCAGCCUCCGCUGUCUUCGUGCGGAAUCCAUCAGUUUCCCUCUGCUGUCCUUCCUUCGUCUUUGACUACAGUAACCGUCAAGACGUGCAACGACCUCAUAGAUGGAGUCGCGUCCGCAAUGAAACUCCCCCGGCUUUUCACGUCCCGAAAAACACGUACAAGUACGCAGCCUACAAAACCCGCAGAUACCACGAAUAUUCCCGAAGCCAUCAAGCUCAACGACGAUCUAGAAAAUGGCGUUCUGAUUGAGGCACCCUCCUUCACUGAGAAUAAGGAGAAACAAGUCGAAAUUCCGUCCUGGUUUCUCAACAACUGCGUCAAGACGUCGGAAGAAUUAAAAGACCGUACCAUUCCGAUUAUCGUCCUAGAAGCUGCCCCUGCCGGAGGUAUCGACCCGAGUCUGGCGGCCAAGGAGUCCAAUGCCAUCGCUGGUGCCUUUGAAAUCGAGUCCGUGGUGUAUGAGGCUCUGUAUGUCGUCUUGUCAUCUCCUCUACCAGAGCGCGACUGUUUAGGCGGUGGACAACUAGGGAAAUCGUUCAAUCCAGUGCAAUUCAAGAAGAAUGCCGCGCUCCUUCGGAUUCCAAACCAGUGCACAGGACGAGGAGGUCCAUCGUUUCUCCAGGGCAUCGUCGAAUACUUCGCGAGGGAAAUAGAGGCGGACUUGAUCACGUUGAGCCUAGAAGACUUGAAGGAUCUUGGUCAGCACAUAGCAAUUGCGGAAGGCAUAUUUAUGCCUGAAGGAGCAGUUGAGUACAUGAGUAUGUAUUGUGGUCAACAAGAGGGAGAUAACUCGGGCUUUGCCCCGAAGGCUGUUCAAUUUCCGAAGAGCAAUCACAAGAUUGAAUCCCCUUUAGCUACAGUACUUCGCUCAGCACAGCUAAAAGCCGCUAGCAGGAACAGUUCAAAGUCUGAGCUUGUGUCUGCACCGCUUAUCGUCCACAUUCCUGAAGUCCACGAGCUUCCUUAUAGCACCUUGAAGGCAUUAUGCGACGCAGCCGCGAACGAAGAGGGGCGCCUCAGCAAUGUCCUCCUCAUCUCGUCCACCACGACCUCUAGCUGUCAAGAAGAUGACAAUAUUCUAAGAUUGACGGGAACGAAGCCUGUGAAGAGAGCAAUUCGUGUUGUCCCCGUUAGAUGUCGAGCACAAAUGCAUCUCCUAGAGGUCGGUCCGAAAGGAUCCGACAUCUUUCUGCAGAGUAACGUUCGUGCGCUGCAGAGGAGAAUCAGGCAAGAUCUAAAGGAUAUAUGGACACCCAUGGUGGAGCCGUAUACUACAUGGGAUUUCCUUGAAGGCUAUACACCUUCCACACGUCUAGCCCGACGGCAUCUCGGCGAAGAAGAGGUCGAGUGCCUCGCCGAACAAAUCAACGGCAGUCUUGAUCCAGAACAUAUUCGAGCAGUUAUACUGGGCGCAGAGCGACGAGACGAAGUCCUUCUCGACUGGGGCGAAAAAAUGUCGCUUGGAAAAUGGGCCAACUUUCCCUCCAACGUUCAGGCCGCAAUCCGCAAAAUCGAGUAUAAUGAAGGCGAUCUUACGUGGGAAAAGAAGUUUCUGGAUCUCAUAGUAAACCCCGACACGGUUGAAGAAGGCUGGUCAGACAUCGAGCUCGAGUUAGAAGUUAAGGACGCCAUCGUGCAGAUGAUCGAUCAGCCAGGCAAUAAAGGACAAGCAGCGUAUGGUAUCCUUAGAAGAGGACGUGUUGGCGGCGCUCUCAUAUACGGACCGCCAGGGACCGGAAAGACCCAUCUGGCACGCGUCUUAGCAAAAGAGUGCCAGGCCGUGAUGAUCUCCGCUUCCGUUGCGGAUAUUGAGGAUAUGCACGUCGGGGAAACAGAGAAGGCAAUCAAGGGCCUAUUCAACCUUGGAAGGCUGUUGGCACCCAGCAUAAUUUUCAUCGACGAGGCUGAUGCUCUAUUCCGCGCAAGAGCCCCGGGCGAUCACACAUGGGAGCGCAGUCGGACGAAUCAACUCCUUACUGAGAUGGAUGGCCUCGUCAAGGUCAAGAGUCCGCCUUUCGUUUUGAUUGCGACCAACUACCCCCGUCAGCUAGACCACGCUGUUCUACGUCGAACGCCUUGUCGACUACAUAUUGGGCUGCCACCGGCCGUAGCUCGACAGAGGAUUUUCCGCAUGAAUCUACGUGAGGAGCGCGUUGAUCAGAACAUUGACUGGGGCAAUUUGGCACGGAUCACUCCUGGAUUCUCGGGAUCGGAUAUACGGACGAUGUGUCUCCAAGCUGCGCUGAUCAGCGAAGCUUCCGGGCUGAGGAAGGACGGCAGACGCGUAUUGAGCAAGGCACAUUUUGAGAAAGCGUUCCAACGAAGUGCUCCAACCGUUUCUAAAGCUGCACUAGCGCACAUUCGAGAAUUUGCGAAGGAGCAUGACCCAGCUGCAUGGGCCAAGAUGAGAUCCAGCGAAAGGAACCAGGAAGACAAGCUUGAGAACCUUGAGGCCGGUCACUCUGUUGGGUCAUCGAACGCAGAACCAACACCAAGUAAUCUGUCGGAACCUGUGUCGGAAGGGCUUGGGCAAGCCGUCCAGCAACCUACAUCUCCGGCUUCGAUUCGACGGGAGCCACCAAAAUCCACGUCAGGCGGAGGAACAGAGACAAUUCAAGCCAACUUCAACGAACAAGGGAGUGCAAGCGAUUCGGCCACUCAUAACGUGGCUUUUGCUUACACACCGUUAAAAGCAAAGAGUAAACAAAUCCGGGUUUUAUCGAUUGAACCAGCAAUGGAGAGUGACGAUCCUGCAAGGCAAGAUCCGAUACGGUGCAGGCUAGAGAACGUCGAUCUUGAUGACUGCACCCCGUUGUAUAGCCAUCAUGUCGCGAAACAUAAAGAAGAGCUCGGUCUGCUGCCACAGGGCAAGCUCGCAGCAUGGCAUCUUACGAAUCUAAAACUCCAUGCCCAGCUAGAAGACAUCAGAACAACAGCCCCAGACAGCAGAAAAAUUCGUUCUUACGACACCUUUUCUCAGGUAAAAGACAGUUACGAUGUCCCCUUGGAAGAGAUCAAUCCCCUUGUCGCACGUUUUACCUGGGGAGAUUAUAUAGCGCUAAGCUAUGUAUGGGGCGAUCCUAGUAACAAGGAGCACAUCAUCAUCAACGACUGCAAGUUUGCGGUGACUCGGAACCUAUUUGUUGCGUUACACAAACUGCGGGAAUCUCUCGAAGUUCGCCAAUUGGAGCUGAAGAUCUGGAUCGACGCUAUUUGCAUCAAUCAAAACGAUCUUAUGGAGCGGGAGACUGAGGUUUCCAAAAUGGGUCUCAUCUACUCUGAAGCACUUGCAGUAAGAGCAUGGCUCGGGCUACCGCAGCUGACGACACCGUCCGAGUUCACGAAAGCAAAGGACUGGCUUAACAGCGUCAGAGGAUUAGGAGUACGACAGAUCAAAGCCUCGCUGGUUCCAGAUGCUGAGGCGGCACAUGCACUCCGAUCACUUGCCUCUAGCUCAGCGUAUGCUCAGUACUGGACAAGGUUAUGGGUUGUUCAGGAAAUGUGGCUCGCAUCAUCCUUGCUAUUCUGGUACGGUGACUGGUACUUCACCCCUGAGGAUUUGUGUAAGCUCUACUAUCUCUUCAGAGAGGGCGGCGUUAGCACUAGCUAUCCCUUUCCUCUCGCGAGCAAUUUGCCCGACUCUGAACUUCUGGAUUAUUUGUGCAGACCGCUUGCGAGGGUGAACUGGCUCCGAGAAUGGGAUAAUGCUUUUGAAAGGGGUCAGCUGCCGAUCUUCGACAUUGUCCAUCUAGCGCAAUCCUCGGAAUCGACGGACCCGCGCGAUAAGGUAUACGGACUUCUCGCCCUAAUGCCGGAAGAGAUUGCUAGGAGCAUACGACCAAGUUACGCGCCGGAUUUCAGCAUUCGGGAUGCCUGCGUGGCGUUCUCCAAGGCGUGCUUUCAGGAGACAGGCGACCUGUAUGAUCUCGCUCGGAUUCGUGUCUCCCCAAUACGAAGAACCGAUUUCCCAACCUGGGCCUUCGAUCUCUCCACUGGUUCUAUCGACAUGUCUCUCGGAGUACGGCAUAAGCCUCACCGAGCGAAUGCUCAUCUCCACGGGGCCCCUAUGUUCUCCGAUGACAGCCUCAUCAUGUUCUGUGAAGGUGUCUUUGUGGAUACGGUUGAGUCUCUCGCGGCCCCUUCAUUUCGUGGAGACGGGACGGAAAGGGACCCUGAACCGGGUCCAGUAUCGGCUGAUACAGGCCCAUACUUGCUCCCUGUUGACGACUCCUCCAAACUGGCCUUAGCUCGUGUUCUCUGCCAUGACAGCGACUACGACUUCUCUCAAGGACCCUCCCUCCUAGACGUCCCCUGGAUUCCAAAAGAGGAAGUCGUUCUGAAUGAACCUAGCGGCAUAAUCUCCGGUUGCACCAAGCAGGAUUUCUACGAAGUUGACGAAGGAAGAUACUGGCCUAUUUUCGCAGCAUCCACCAUUCUCGGCGUUAUUUUCACCAUGGCAUUCUACAUUAACGCCGACUUCAUGAUCCAUGGCGUCCCGCUGAGGCAUUACUUCACCUCGACAGAGGCAUCUUGUCCGAAUCCAGCAGCAUACUUGAAGUUGCAGAAACCCGCUGCCGUCUUUCUUCGUGAAGAGCGACUUUGCGUAACACGACAUGGGUUAGUCGGGAUGGUGCCUAACUCUGCUAAGCUGGGCGAUAGGAUUGCCGUCCUGCUGCAGUGUGAUAUGCCGGUUGUCUUGAGGCCGAAAGGAGAGUAUUAUGAGUAUAUUGGAGCUUGCUUCGUGGAAGGCCUAAUGAAGGGGGAGGCUAUUGCGCGCAUGGAGAAGGGAGAGCUGCAGCGAGAGAGGAUUGCUCUGUGCUAGUCUAGUACCCGAGGCGAGUCGUCGAGGUAUACCACCUAUUAACAACGCCUUCUGGACGAUCAGGCUCGAACAUCCC